AUGGAAUUUCAUGGGGAUAAGCAUUCGGAUGUGGGAAAGGUAAUAUUAAAUAAAGCUCCAAAAAAUGAUAUGAUGAUUUGUCCAGCAAUUCAAAAGGAUAUUGUAGAUGCUUGUGCUAAAGAAACAAUUAAAGCUAUCAUCAAAGACUUGGAUGGUGAUUUCUUUGGGAUAUUAGUUGAUGAAUCAAAAGACAUCUCACAUAAAGAGAAAAUGGCCCUAGUUAUACUAUAUGUUAACAAAAGUGGGGAGGUGAUAGAGCGCUUUUUGGGUAUUGUCCACGUGAAUGAUACAUCAGCACUAGCAUUACAAAUAAUUAAUAAUUUACUUUUGGUUCACUCAUUAAGUUUAUCCAAGCUACGUGGACAAGGUUAUGACAGAGCUAGUAAUAUGCAAGGAAGAAUAAAUGGCCUGAAAUCUUUGAUUUUACAAGAUGCCCCAUCUGCAUAUUGUAUUCAUUAUUUUGCUCAUCAGUUGCAAUCGACACUUGUAGCUCUUUCCAAAAAUUACCCGGAUGUGAAUAAUUUUUUUGAUGUUGUCACUAAUGCAUUGAAUACUAUUGGAGUAUCUUUUAAACGCAGGGAAUCACUUAGAAAACACCAAGCAGAGAAGCUGGAAGAAUUACUUAAAUCUGGAGAAAUACUUACUGGGCAAUGA